CCCUUACGUCGGCGUCGGGGGGCAAGGACGGAAGCUGGUCGGUUGUGAGUCGACUGGAGAAGGUAGCCAUGGCGGCGUCGGCUGUGGGCAUGGGGCAGCAGUGGGUCCUGGUGGAGAUGGUGCAGGCCUUCUACGAGGCUCCUGCAUACCAUCUUAUUUUGGAAGGAAUUCUAAUUCUGUGGAUAAUCAGGCUUAUUUUCUCCAAAACAUACAAGCUUCAAGAGCGAUCUGAUCUAACACUUAAGGAAAAAGAAGAGUUGAUUGAAGAAUGGCAGCCAGAGCCUCUUGUUCCUCCUGUAUCAAAAGAUCAUCCAGCUCUCAACUACAACAUUGUUUCAGGUCCUCCUACCCAUAAGAUCAUUGUUAAUGGCAAGGAAUGUAUAAACUUUGCAUCAUUCAAUUUUCUUGGACUUCUGGAUAAUGAGAAAGUUAAGAGUGCAGCCCAAGCAUCUUUGAAGAAGUACGGUGUUGGUACUUGUGGACCUAGAGGAUUCUAUGGUACUUUUGAUGUGCACUUAGAAUUAGAAGACCGGCUAGCAAAAUUCAUGCGGACAGAAGAAGCUAUUAUAUACUCAUAUGGAUUUGCAACAAUUGCCAGCGCAAUUCCUGCAUAUUCAAAAAGAGGGGACAUCGUGUUUGUAGAUGAAGCUGCCUGCUUUGCUAUUCAAAAGGGAUUACAAGCAUCUCGUAGUAACAUCAAAUUAUUUAAGCAUAAUGAUAUGGCAGACCUUGAACGACUGUUGAAGGAGCAAGAGACUGAAGAUCAAAAGAAUCCUCGCAAAGCCCGUGUAACUCGAAGGUUCAUUGUGGUGGAAGGAUUGUAUAUGAAUACAGGAGACAUUUGCCCUCUUCCAGAAUUGAUAAAAUUGAAGUAUAAAUACAAAGUUAGAAUAUUUUUAGAAGAGAGCCUUUCUUUUGGAGUCCUUGGAGAACAUGGAAGAGGAAUCACUGAACACUUUGGAAUAAAUAUUGAUGAUAUAGAUCUCAUUAGUGCAAACAUGGAAAAUUCACUGGCUUCUAUUGGAGGAUUUUGCUGUGGAAGAUCUUUUAUAAUUGACCAUCAGCGAUUGUCUGGUCAAGGCUAUUGCUUUUCUGCAUCCCUGCCACCUUUGUUAGCUGCUGCUGCUAUUGAGGCUCUGAACAUUAUGGAAGAUAAUCCAGACAUUUUUCAGACUCUUCGGACUAAAUGUGAGCGAAUUCACAGAGCUUUACAGGGGAUUCCUGGCUUAAGAGUAGUGGGAGAAUCAUUUUCUCCAGCAUUGCACUUAAGGUUGGAAGAUAGUUAUGGAUCUAGAGAAAAUGAUGCAAAGUUGCUCAAGAGAAUUGUGGAUUAUUGCAUAAAUAGUGGUAUUGCAUUAACUCAGGCCCGCUAUCUGGAGAAAGAAGAAAAAUGUCUUCCUCCACCCAGUAUUCGAGUUGUGGUAACAGUGGAACAAACAGAAGAAGAACUGGACAAAGCUGCAUCACUUAUUAAGGAAGCUGCAGCAUCUGUACUGAAUUAACCACAGUAUUGGAUUCCUUUUUCCUCAAAUUAUGGGAAUAAAUGUUUAACACUGUGUAGUGAAUUCCACUUCAGAUAUUAAAGCUUAUCCACCAUAGACAUUAAAGCCUAAUGAGAUUGUUUCAGGAUUGUGAAAAUACAGUGAUGUUUAGAAUGCUGAAUUUGGAAAUGGUGAAUGACACAAUGUACUUAAAAUUAAAAAUCUACAUUUUAGUAACAUUUCUAAAAAUGGGAUAUCACAGUUGCACGCAGGUCUUUUUUACGGGUUUCAUCUUAAAAAGCCUUGAAUUUAUUUCUUCAACUCCCUUAAUGUUACCACAUGUAUGGAGAGAGAGAUGAGAUACAAAUACAUAUGUAUAUAAUUCAUUUUUUUCCUCAAAACAUCUAAAAUGUACAUCUCAGUACGUAGGAAGUUCACUUGCUUUCAGAAUGAAGAUUGGCUGUUCCUAAUAUUACCAUAAGAGAGAAGUAACACAUUAAGAAAUAGUUUUGUGCUGUAUUGAGUCAUUCCUAGUGGGAACUUCAGUUCUUACUCGGUUAUAUAUAUAUAAUGUUUAACCAUUUCUGAAAGCAGUUUCUCAGAAUGCCUUGUCAGAUAAUUGCUAUUAAAAUGAUAAAUUUAUAUUUCACACUGUUUGCAUACUGCAGUUUCAUAUGUAAAUAUGCAUAUUUGAUUUUAUGGAUGAGAUUUUUCUUAUCAACUUAAACUGAAAACUUUAAAUUGCGAGCAUGCUGUAAUAUCGUUAUAGUAUGUUCAUUCAGGGGAUUUUUGCACCUGUUUUGAAGAGGAGGCAUAAACGGCAUGAAGAAGAACCAAAGUUCUGAAAUGGCAACUGAAUACUAGCUUAUUCAAACAGCCAUGAAGCACUAAAAGGUGUGUAUUAAGUUGUAGCUCUAAACAGCUGCUGUGCAUUAGAGAUGAACACUCAAAGUGUUUAGAUGGUACACAUGCUACUGAAAUGCAACUCAAUAUGUGCACAUAAAACCCCAACAUAAUUAGUAAUAUUUGGAGUUCUGUGCUCUUGUAAUUUUCAGUAGUCACAGAUGGAUAGAAUCAUAACACCAGUCUGAGGAAACCAGUAAGAUGGAUGACAGUAAGCCAUGGCUUUUAAUCAAAUAAAAUAAUAUUUCAAUGUAUUUUUAACAGUACCAUUUCAAAAAACUUUGUGUUCUACCUGAUCUGUAUUCUGAGUUGUUUUGUACUUGCUUUUCUUUUUUGUUGCUGCCACAAGGACUACAGUACUAUUUUUGAGAAAGAUCAAUGUUUAAAUAAACAUUUUAUUCAAAUUUGUACUACAUAUUAUGUACUUAAUAUACUAUAAUUAAUAUUAAUAUACACUUAAGACUGUGGCUUUCAAAGCUUCUGACCCUUGUCUUUUUAGUUAAAACCCUUCUGGAGUUACUCUUGUGCACUUUUGUUUCUGGUACAGCCAGUACUAGAAAUACUCGAAUAGUUUUUUGUGUACAGCAGAUACUUCAUCCCAAUGUGAAAAAGUAUUUAUAUUACAUUUACAUUUAUGUUUUUCUCUCUUAACUUUGACUAAAAUCCUGUGACAAGCCAACUACUUAAAAAGCAAAAAUGUGAGGAUGGAAGCUGACUCCUGUUUUGUGGACCAAGAACUGAUGUGCCUUCUCAAGAGCUAUCAGCCUUCUCAGGGUCUUUAGAGAUUCUGUGAGAUGGAAAUUAAAAUUGACUGGAAUGCA